CUUCUGUUUCCAUUCAUGAAAGGGUCAACCAAAAGUGAGUGGUUAGUACUUAACUUCUUCUCGCCCCCUGCAGGAGAAUGCUGGUACCACAUCCCCUCUCCUCCCAAACAGACCCUCAGACAGCUGUCGGUUGGACGGACGUCCGUCUUCGCCGUGGAUGAAAACGGUAACCUGUGGUACAGGCAGGGCCUCACCCCCAGCUACCCCCAGGGAUCUGCCUGGGAGCUCAUCUCUAACAACGUCACCAAGGUCUCUGUGGGCCCGCUGGACCAGGUUUGGAUCAUUGCCGAUGGAAUUCCGGGUUUUCCCACUGAGACUCCGGGGGCGGUCUGCCAUCGGUUGGGGGUGGGGCCCAUGCAGCCCAAGGGCCAGUCCUGGGACUACGGCAUCGGGGGGGGCUGGGAGCACAUCAGUGUGAGGGGGAACUCUGCGGAGGCGCCUCGGAGUCCCCACCCUCCCCCGCUGGGCCCCGCCCGCAGCCCAGCCCCCCAGAGAACGGUGAACGGGAGCGCAGUGUGUGUGUAGUCCGUGUUGCGGCCGUCUUCCUCCAGCCCUGUUUGUGCCUGGAUCUGCAUUCGCCUCCUGGAAUCAUUCCCUAAUUCCCCUUCAUGUGAAGGGACCGCACAACCGGACCGCACAGCCGCCACGUCUGGAUGGAUGGAUGAGCGUCGGGGCCUGGCUGGGUUUCCAGGCGGAAGGACAGCCUGGAUCCAGCAAAAAAGGGGUGCAUGUGUUUGAUUGUACGACUGCUAGGCAUCAUGGGACGGAGCAAUAGCUUUUUAUUUCUUCACCUUUGGAGAGGAGGGAUUUCAGUGAAGGGCUAAUUUACAGUCGUUGCUGCUGCAGCCUGAGAUCUGUUUGUUUGUUUGUUUGUUUGUUUGCAUGUCAUUUGAAUUCUGAGGAUUUGUUGAAGUGUUUCUCAGUUUGUGUUUGCUUUAGUGUGUUCUUUAUUUAUUUAUUUAUUUUUCUUCCCAAACAACUCGCCGUCUGAGGACUUCUUUUUUUCUCCCAAGAUGGGAAUAAAAUCUUUCCGGAGUGGGAACAUAUUGAUGCCCUGCAAUAAAACCUUCUUCCUGCUGGAAGAAGAAUCCGAUCAUUGAGACUGUUGACUGAACACCACCCAGCCGCACAUUCAUGGAGAUGCAAAAUAAAAGUUUGAAUAUGCUCGA